AUGGCAGCCAUACUGCUACUCCUGCAGGAAGAGGCUGGUACAUGUAGGCGACUACGGGGCAAAGAAUCUUCCGAGACUGAUGUGGUUGGGACACUAGGGGCAUACGCACCUAUAGAGUUCAUUAGCGAAGCAGAACAUUCACAAUUUACCAACUUUGAUGUGGAUGAAAGAACCGGUGAUAUUUACAUUGGAGCGAAAAACUCCUUAUUUCAUCUCCAUUCAGACUUCAGUUUACAGGAAAUAGUAAGUACUGCACCUGAUCCUGCAGAAUGCCAGGAUCCAGUAACCUGCAUCAACUACAACAGGAUCCUUGCUAUUGCACCAUCUCCCAUAGAAAAGCUUAUCACCUGUGGAAGCUUUUCACGCAGGUGUCAGUAUCGUGAGCUUGUGAACAUAUCAAAUUCUGUUGAGCACCAGAGAAUAGUGAUCAAUGCAAAUACCCCGGCAGUGGCUGUUCUCCAUAAUGAUUACAUGUAUGUUGGAGUUAGUCCAGAGUUCCCUCCAUCUAAUCAUCCUCCCUACGUCACCCAAUUGCAUCUGGAUUCACUCUCUUUGCGAGAAAGGCUCAAUAAUCAGAACGUUCGUGCAAGUCAGGAGCAGUUUGCGUUAAACUUCGUCAAUGGAUUUGAAUUUCAAGGAUUCACGUAUUUCGUCACCAAUCAACAGCAAAUGAUUGGUCAGGAUCCACCUCAAGACCACGAUUACAUAUCUAAGAUUAACAGAGUUUGCCAAGAGGGCGACGAUUUAGAUUCAUUUACAGAAGUUCAGCUAACAUGUUCUUUAGGCAGCGACCGAUCCUACAACCUCAUUCAGGCCAUUGAAGUGUCUAUCCCUGGGAAAGAUCUUGGUGAAUCUUUCAAUAGCAGUGAAGAUCCUCUUCUCUAUGCUGUUUUUGCUGAGUCUUCUGAUUACACGGAUGAACCUGCUGAUCCUGCUCACUCUGUGCUAUGUAUCUACAAGAUUUCUGAGUUACUUGCAAAGUUUAAAACUGCAGUGGAAGAUUGUACGAGUAAAGGAGAGGUUGAGGUUCAUGGAAUACGGCAUUUACAAUCCAGAUGCAACAAUAUUGAUCUACCGGACAUUGACCUGUGUAACGUAGUUUGGCACAAGUAUGCCAGGGGAACCGAACCACUUCAAGCUGAAGCUGUUAUCCUAUUGGAUAACGUACUGACCACUUCGAUCCGAACAGUGACUGUGGACAAUAAGACAGUGGCCCUCAUAGGUACAAGCACUGGAAACCUUCUCAAGGUUCACAUCAGUGAUGCCACCCAUGCUAGGAUGUAUGAAGACGUGAAAGUAGGGGAUACCAGAGUGCAGCAGGAUACCUACUUCAAUGCCACUGAUGAUCAUCUUUAUCUCCUCACAGAACAAAAGCUUGUACGUUUGUCUGUGGUAAACUGCAGUCAGUACACAACCUGUUAUGAGUGCAUUGGUAAUGAUGGAGGGCAAGAUGGGGACCCAUACUGUGGAUGGUGUACAUUGGAAGCAAGGUGCACAAGAUAUGAGGCAUGUCCCUUACGCGAUCAAUCAACACGAUGGUUAUCAUACAAUGCUUUACAGUGUGUAUCCAUCUCAGAUGUCCAGCCGAACCGUCUGCCUUAUCAUCAGACCCAACAAGAAAUCAACAUAAUAGUCCAACAGCUCCCAGAUCUGAGGAGCAGUUUUCGAUACAUGUGUGCCUUUAACUCUUACGAGGUCUCCGCUACAACUACCGGUAAUACCGUCACCUGUACAUCCCCUCCUGAAAACGGAUUGCCUACUAUUCCAGAUGGAUAUCUCAUAGAUCCUGAUGGUGCUGGAAACGUAGGACCGGGGUUUUGCCCUCAGCUGCUUGGAACAACGGAAUCAUUUCUCAUACCAGUCAAUAUUCCUACUGGCUACUCACUAUCUGCAAAGAACCUCCCUACAGAUCAGUCAAAGGGGCUAUUAUCAUAUGAGUGCAUCCUUGACAUUGAAGGAGAAGAAGUGAGAGUACCCAGUACCACGUUUAAUGAAACCUACAUUCUCUGCAAUGAUAAACAGUACACGUACAAAGAGAAUAUCAUCCAGAAGAUUGUCAGUGUCUCUGUACAAUGGGAACAGAACAGGAUACAUGACCUGUCAGAACCAUAUGUCACCCUUUAUAAGUGUUCAGUUAGCAGUGGAAGUUGCAGUCAAUGCCUUUCCCAAGAAGCAACACCAUCCAUCUUGAAGUGUGGUUGGUGUGGUGAUGACUGCAAUGUCAUCCAAAGUGAUGUUUGUCAGAGCAACCAGUUUCUCCAUCAGAAUGAGACGCAAUUAUGUUCAGCACCAGUUAUCACUGAUUUUGACCCCUUGUCAGUUACUACCAAUGGCCGUACAAGAUUAGAAAUCAAUGGAACCGACAUUGGAGUGGUUUUUGAUGAUAUACUUCAAAUUCUUAUUCAAGACUUGCAGUGUGAUUUGACAGGCAUGGGCGAAUAUUACCAGCCAGGACAGAGUGUUAGUUGUACAACAGACAUAUCUCAUGAAGUUAUAUCAGGACGCAUUAAAAUCACAGUGGCGUCAGGUAACGGAAUUAAGACAGGGCAGAGCACUACCAAAUUUCAGUAUAGGGAUCCUAUGAUUACAGGUUUUAAUCCUAGAGAAGGACCCGUGGCAGGGGGUACAGAAGUCACUAUCAGUGGCAUGUACUUGGACACUGGAAGGAACAUUGCUGCAAGAUUCAGAGAUGCAGAUUGCGUAGAGAUUUCUGUUCAAGACACCAUUGCCACUUGCAUCACAAGCAGUGUACGAGGAAAUGAACUCGUCACUGUACCCCUGGCCAUGACAUUUGAUGGAGAAGAAAGACAAUUCAGCGAUUACGCCUUUAACUACAUGCCGAAUCCCAGGAUUGAUGACAUUGACAAGACAUCAUCUAUCAUGUCAGGAGGUCUCGAUAUUACACUAACAGGCGUUAGAUUUGAUCUGAUCCAAGAACCCAGGAUUGUUGUUACUUCUCUCACAACUAAUGCUACCACCUCUGGGCUCUGCAAUGGAACAGAAACCAUUCUCACAUGUCCAACGCCAAGUUUUCCUGAUGCUGAUAUCUCUUCUAGAGGAAGACGAGCAGCAGAUGGUGCAAUGAUAGCAAAACUGACCUUUGACUUUGAUGGAUAUGUGAUUGAUGGCGGCACUAUUGAUUACUUCCCAGACCCUGUGUAUGAAAACUUCAGUGGGAACAGCAGAAUUUAUAAGAGUGAUAACAAAAGACUUGAGAUUACUGGAAUGGAUUUAACCUUGGCAAGUACAGAAGACGAUGUACUAGUUUUGUUAGGACCUGAUGGACAAUGCUAUGUUGAUGGUCUUAACAUUAAUGUCCUGCGUUGCCAGCUACCAGAUGACCAGCCUCAAGCAGGAUACUUGAAUGGAACACUAGGUCGAGAAGGUGCAAAGAAUCUUCCAGCUGUAACAGUUGUGCAUGGGAACUUACGAUUUUACCCAGGCUUCGUUUCAGCAUGGUCGGCUACAGGUGACAGUCCAGUAUUAGCCAUCAUAAUAUCUAGUGUGGUGGGACUCAUUGUGAUCAUCACUCUGAUAAUCAUUCUGGUUUGGUGGUCAAGGAAGGAACAGCGUUACUUACAACGAGCUAGGGAAGAAGUAGAAAUGGUCCGUAGUGACUUCAUGAAGAGAGUACGAGAAGUUGGUAACACGAGCUUAGAUGUAUCCGAAGCUGACGACAGGACACAGAAGCACGGCGUACCAUUUAGAGGACACGUCCACUGUAUGACAAUGAUGUUGUUUAAAGGACUCGGUGUUCACCCAGAAACAACGGACCCUGAGUACAUGGAAGACUUUAUGGAACACUCGGUGGUAUCAUUCUACCGUAUGCUAAAGAAGAAGGAAGUUUUGAUAGACUUCAUCAGACAACUAGAGAGGAAGAAAGAAGGUCGCGGUCGUGAAAGGGAAAUCAUCGCCUCUCUUUUGGCAAUCACAUUUGUCAGCGAGGGGAAAUCGAUCCACUUCACAGACGUCGUAAUGUCACUUGUUGAAGAUGAAGUCAGAAUGGCAUCCGAAUCUAGUAGAGAGAUGGACACACUAUUCACCAACACGGAAACAAUCGCAGGAAAACUGGUCAGCAGCUGGUUUACCUUGUUCAUGCUCACUUACUUGAAGACGUACGCCUUCUACCCACUGUACAUGUUGUAUCAAGCAAUAAAGACCCAGGCCGAGAAGGGUCCUAUAGACGAAGGGUCAGGAGAAGCAUACUAUACGCUAGAGUACAACAAACUAUUUGACCAGACGGUCGAAUUUCAUUCUCUCGGUCUGGAUGUUGUAGAUGAAGACGGUCAGGUUUAUCUUCAUGUGAAUGUCCUGGAUGUUGACAGCGUCAAACAGGUCAAAAAGAAAGUUCUAGAUUGUGCGUGGAGAAGGGGCUACUGUUUGCAACCCAGAGACGUGGAUGCAGUAGACCUGGUGUUUGUUCAAACUCAUAAACAAUCAAUUCUGCUUCAUGAGACGUCUGAGACUCAGGGAAAAGUAACGGCGAAUACAAUGAAUACCUACGAGAUUCAAAAUGGAUAUCGUGUGGCACUGAUACCGAAGCAGCAUGGAGAAGGUGAUGGGUAUCAAGCUCUAGAUCUGAAGGAGGUUGCUUCAGACACGUAUGCAUCCUUAAUGUACGUGACCGAUGAAGAUGUCCUCGAUUCGGACCUACCGCAACAAGGUUCAAAGAUCAUUCACCUGAAGGAUCUUGAACAAUCUAAGAUGAAGGGAAGUAUUAUGCCCAUCCACAUCCACCAGAAGAGUGCAGACAUUGAUCGAAAUCUAGUAUUUCCUCAAAUGCUGACAAUGAAAGCGUCGAUCAGCCCAUAUGUGGAUGGUAUCUUCGAAGUAAUGUUCAAGAUGCCAGCAAAGGUACCUCUACCAAUCAAACAUCUCUUUGAUACGUUUGAUGAACUUGCUGUGAAGUAUGGAGAAGCCUACGCGAAAGAUUGGAAGAAAAAUUGCUUGUCAAAUUUCUGGCUCUCAGUGCUCACCAACCUGCCAUCGUUGUUUGAGAUGCCGAGAUCAGAAACAGCUGAUAGAUGUGUAAACAUUCUUGCUGAUGCUCUCAAGCAUGCAACCAAGACCAUUUCCCUGAGACAGGGCGAGUCAGAUCAUCUGCCUUACUACAACGAACAUCCCUUUCAAAGAAAAAUGGUGACGGAUUACUGUAAUGAGAUAGCAAAUCAGCCAAAGCUUCGUCCAAUAAAACUGAAUAGAGCCUGCUCAAACAUCUCAAAGGAGUUCAAGGACCAGUUCAGUCAUCUUUCAAACAUGAUGCACCUUUACAACCUUACCAAGACCGAUGUGGAAAACCUUUUCAAGUAGAUCCAGGAAAUCCCAGUAGACCGACAGCCCAUGAGACCGCCAGCCCAGUAGACCGACAGCCUAUGAGACCGCCAGUCUAGUGAACCCUCGGAGAAGUGGACAGAAGGCCCAGGCAGCCGAUAGUUCGGUCGCAUGGGCCGUUGGCGUCAUGGACUGUCAGUCUCUACAAAAUUAAGCAGUAAACCGAAGCUGGACUGAUAGCCAAUAUAGACAUGCAAUAUAUAUACAUGCAUUUUGCUUUAUUUGUGGGGUUCACAUAAAUGCCGGAUCAAGAAAAGUUGAUGAAAGAGAAAAUAAGAGGAUCUUGGUAGAUUAGCUUUGCUUUUUAAUGAUUUUAAUAAUUAUGAUCAUUAGCUUGACAUAAAUCAUUACGACACUUGUUAUGCAGUGAUUUAUACAUAUGAUGUUUUUGAAACUGGAUUUCUGAUCUUGUUUUAAACCAAGUUCUUUUUCAGAACGGACAAUUUUGACCUUCAUGUACACUUGGGUCGAGAACAAAAAUAGCGACUAGCAAUAUAUAUGGCCAA